AUGUAAUCCCAUAUGUAUAAAAUGGCAGCUUUAAUUAAUACCUGAUUGAAAAAAGACCUAAACAUGUACUACAAACGAGGUGCUGUUCGGUUUGAAUAAUUGAUUAACAUUGCCUAGUGAUAAAAUACGGCGUCUUAACAACGUAGCAAAGACAAAAACUUUUCGUAUGGACGCAAUAAGCACGGGACUAUUUUACUGUUUGAGUGAAAUGAAAGAGAAUACGGGUAAUUGAAUGAGCAAGCAAAAUAUCUUACGGACGAAAUGGUCAGUUCCCAUAACAUUCAUUUCAUUCACAAAGGAUUAGGGACUAGUGCUUUUUAGAUUUAGUUGGGGUUAAAACAAAUUAAAAAGAAGAAAGAAGGAGCGUAAAAACAAUUCAAAUAAUGUUAUAAUAAUGCCGAGUCACAGUUGUUAAUCAGCUACAGUAUUAAUAAAUAUUGUAUUUUAAAUUUCAAUGAAACUAUAACAAUUUGGUAUCAGUGCUAAGCCUGUAGGAGUGUUUGCACGGUGUACAGUAUCAUGUACAGGGAAAAAUCAAUGUGAUUUAAGAGUAUUGUUGAGGUUUGUGACCAAACAUAUAAAUAUUUGUACAAGGUCUAUUCUAUAAUUUAAUCUUAUUAAAAUACUUUACUAUUUCACCAAGUAUAAUAUUGCAACACGCGAACAAAAAAACUUUUAAAAUACACAAGUAAUAAAAAAAGUUAGUGCGAUAAAAAUUUAAAUUGUCUCAUGGGAUCAUCGGUAUUGGAAUAGACAGUUAUUGUUGAUUUAUAAGAUUAAAUCUGGUUUUGAUUUUUUAAAUAGUAUAUAGACGUAAGUGUUGACCGGUUGAAAUUAAUAAUGCACAGGAAUCUUUCCACCUGCCUGACAUAAACAAAUACGGCGGGGAUUUAACGUCGGUAUGAUAUUUUAGUGAUCAACAUGCGGAUUUAAAAACGACUUAACUUUUCAAAAGAAAAUAUCAUAUAGUGUGGUGUCAGGUAGUUAAAAUGGACAUGUAAUAACUAGUGGAUUAAAUAAAUGUAAUAAUUGAUCCAAUAUCAUGAAUUUGGCGUUAAUAAUUAUUUUUUAUACGGAAUUUCGGUUUUGAUAAAAAAAUUCUGAAGGCAUAUUAAACAAGCUUGUGAAGUAGACACUAUUGAUUUAAUGAUUGUGUGCAUUUUUUAUACCAGUUUUCUAUAGUUUCAUUGAUGAAUAACGGGGAUUUAAUUGCGAAAAUUGGUAUCUUUUGUUUGAAACUCGAAUUGUGAAAAGUGCGGAAAAAUAGUAAAGAUACAAUAUCCGGAGAGUAAUAAAAACGUAUCACCGUUGCUAAGUGUAAAACAGAUAUGAAUGAAACUUCCGAAGAAACCGCGGUUGGAAAUGAUAUUGAACUGGAAAGUAGAAUACGCCGGAAAAGAUCGCGGAAUUCAUUGCUGAUGGAAGAAGAUGGAAAAUGGAGACCUUUUUGGCAACGCGGACGUACGACACUAGAUGAAAUGACUGGGCAAUCACAUCAGAAAAACACGCGCUACCAAAAAUUAAGUUCGAGAAAAAAUGUUUCGAGAAAAAAUAAAUUAUAUCACAGUAAUUUAGAUCUUAGUAGUGUAGGGAGAGUGAGGAAAAGGGUGAAAAUAUCUAAAAGCGUAUCCAUGCAAGGUUUAAACCGCAUGCCGCCAAUUGACAGUGCUAAAACAGAACUUAGGAAUAACACAACGAGGUUAUCGCGUACAAAUAGUCAUUUGAAUUUGCCAGUGUUAGAACCGGAUGUUGAUCUAAAUGGAGGACUAGGAUCUCGUGACAAUAGUGCUGGUACGUCAUUUCGGGGUAUCAGUAGACAUGGUCGCACUUCUGCAGUCCGCGUGAGUUAUGAUGACGUAGAAACAACGACUGAUGAUGAGGUCUACCUCUCCGAUGACGACCCUGAAAUUUCUCGCAGAAAUUUAGACAAAGCCGGAGACUAUAUUGUGGAACAUGAUUGGAUAUUAAAAGGAAAGCUAGAGAAAGAAGCACGAAAGGUGAAAAAUCUACAUAAUAAGGUUAAAAUUGUUCUUCCAGAUGAAGAUCCACUCGAGACCAUACAGUCAAGAAUGGACGAGAUUAACAUGAUGGUCAAGCCACGUGCUGAGUUUGGAAACUUUCUAGAAACCAUUGACCCCGAACAGAAGGAACGAAUAGUGAAAUACAAACAUGUUAAUCACAAUGAUAUACGGAAGAAGAAGCGGAAAAACUGGACGGGAAUUGACAGGUUCCAGGAUGCUGUACUCCAUAUUAUUCUCUUAUACAGGGCUUGUCAUCCGAGAAGAAGAUAUCUUCAUGAGGAUAAACCUGAUACAGCUCCAGAUGGUGUGAAGAAAAUCAAACAGAAAAAUCAAACAGACCGAGAACUACUGAAAAGAUCUAGCCUUGGGUUUGAAAUGCAGUUAUCAUUGGCAACACAACCAGAAUACAGAACAGAUGAAGAUAUUAAAAGGAUAACACAAAUACUUCGAGCAACCAAAGCAUUCAAACAUCUGUUUCCCGCACAAUUAGAAGAACAGUUAGCCAGGGUGGUUGCGUAUGAAAGAUAUGAUAAAAGAAGAAUUGUAGCUCAACAAGGCAGGGACCCGGAGAGAUUUUAUUAUAUUCUGACUGGAAAAUUUAACAAAGUUCGGGAGUACAGAUUGUUGUCUGGUGUUGUUACUCGAGAAGAAGGAUUUAUUGAGAAGGGAACAACAACAGACCCACAAGAAAUGUCUCAAAACUGGGCGCGUGAACACCAUUUGGUCACGAAAGGUCACGUAGAAGUUCUAAUUUUAGAUAGAAAUGAUUUUGCAGAUUUACUUCACACGUCUAAGGGUCCACCAAUAGACUUCCUGCAAAUGUUGGAUUUAUUCAAAGAAUUUCCAUGUGAAGAAUUUGAAAAUAAUCCUGAUGCAAUAGAUUUCAGAUAUUAUGGACAAGACACCAUCGUUGUAAAAGACAGUAACCGGACGCCUUGGCUACAUGUUGUUAAGACGGGUAAUGUGAAGGUCGUACGGACACAGAGUGUGAUAGAUGUGAACAACGAAGACAAGUUUACAGGGCAGUCCACAGAAGAACUUGGAUGUGUCAGACCGUUUAGUCAUGCCAAUGCAAUGCUUGGUAUAUUAGCAAAACAACGGAAAAUGAAGGCUAUGUCAGGUGCAAUAUCAUUCCCCGAGGUCAUUCAGAGACCAACGAUUGAACGGUCUCUGACGGAAUAUAACUGGGAGCAACAUAUCAGAAACACCAAAGACACAUUGUUCGAAAAUCCUAUAACCCGUAUGUACCGACCAUCCAUAGUAACCCUUAGUAACAGCAAUAGUUCGUCUCAAGAAAACUCACCCAGACCUGGUUUAAAGAAAAAGCAAAGAGCCAAUAGUUCUCCUUGUGCAGAAAGGAGAGAAAAAAUAGAGCCGACAUUUACAGAAACAAGAGCAAACAGAUUGUCUAACAUCGCAGAGGACAGCGAAAGUAGUGCUAGUAAUGACAAGAAACCUCCGUCACCGGCUUUGGUUAUUACAUCACCAACACUCAUGUCAGGUCCUAACAAUCAUUCAAACAAUAAUGAUAAACCAGAUAGUCCUAAACAUAGACAGUCCCUAUCAUUCCUACCUCCAAUCAACAACGAAAGAAGAAACAGUGACUUUGUACCACACGGAACCUACUUAACUAGAGAAAUGACAGACUUUGAUCCCGUGUACAAAAAGAAACAAAAGAAGGAAAUUAUACAUAGAGAUACGUACCUGCAAUUAGAUAUGCUGAAACCUGGUGAUAUAUUUGUUGGUAAAGGAAUACUAAAUAAAAAGGGUUUCGAACACAUUGAGCCACAAGCACUUGCUUCCGAAGCCCCUGGAGUUACUUUGAUAAGUGAUGGAGCUGAAAUUAUUAAGAUCAGUAAAAGAUUUUUUCUCCAGCAUGCUAAGAAUAACACUAUGCUUAAAGUGGAAACAAUGCAAAGAGAAUACAUGUCUCCGGAUGAGGCCAAAACUGUAAUGUAUGAUAAGGAAACUUGGAAACAAUUCAAGUCCGUUCUGCUACAAAGGACAGUGGAUAAUUUACACCGGAAACACAUGGAGAAAGUUACCUGAUGAAUACAAUAAUCAAAUAGUGUUAGAAACACUAUUAUAUGUGUGCAUUUGCCAAACGAAAAACAGUUCAAUGUCUGUGAUAAAAUACUU